GUUUUGGGGUGUGAGACCUUAUCUGCUUACGCACACACCAUGUUGGACUGCACCUACCUCUGAUUAGGUGAGUCAUCACUCCGAUUCUCUUCAAACCAAAGAUCCAUGCUUUCUUAAUUCUCACCCCCCUCACUCCUUCAAACAACACCCUUUUUUAUUUCUUUCUCCUCUGUUUCUCUCUCUCUGCUGUGCAUUCUGGUGGCAUCACAGAGAGAGACACAGUUGAGUGAGCCACCACCUUCUCCAAUUCUUCUACUUUCUCUCCAAUUCUUCAAAAGGGUUGUCUCCAAUUCUUCAAAAGGGUGAAACUUUGAAGGAGUAAAGAUGGUUGGUGCUAUAAAAGCAGCGAUUGGAGACGCAGUGUUGACUUUCAUGUGGGUGUUCUGUUCCUCUGUGUUGGGAAUUGCUUCUGGGUACAUAACCAAUGCCCUUAACCUUCAACACAUCACCUACAAUGGGUUCCCUUACGCUUCUUUUCUUGUCACCACCACCCUCGUUUUUGUUCUUGUUUUUCUUUUCACCAUCAUCGGCAAUGUUCUUGGUGGGGCCAGCUUCAACCCAACCGGCACCGCUUCCUUCUACGCUGUUGGUCUUGGUUCGGAUACGCUCUUCUCAAUGGCGCUUCGGUUCCCUGCGCAGGCAGCUGGUGCUGCGGGUGGUGCAAUGGCAAUUAUGGAAGUGAUUCCUGCGAAGUACAGGCACAUGAUUGGGGGGCCUUCUUUGAAAGUGGAUUUGCACACCGGGGCUGUCGCUGAAGGGGUGUUGACCUUUGUGAUUACCUUUGCUGUUCUCCUCAUCUUCCUCAGGGGCCCUCGUAGUGACUUGUUGAAGACUUGGUUACUGGCCACGGCAACUGUAGUUUUGGUCAUGGUUGGAUCUGCCUACACUGGGCCUGCCAUGAAUCCUGCUAAUGCUUUUGGCUGGGCAUACUUAAACAACUGGCACAACACAUGGGACCAAUUCUAUGUAUACUGGAUUUGUCCCUUCACCGGAGCAAUAUUGGCUGCUUGGCUGUUCCGUGCUGUCUUUCCUCCACCACCACCACCAGAAGUAAAACAGAAGAAAGCAUGAAGAGGGAUAGUGGAUUUGGUUCUUCAUGUCAAUUGUUAAACACCAUGCUACUGCAUUAAGAACCCCCCCCUCCCCCCCCCCCCCCCCCCCCCCCCCUUUUUUUUUCUUUAUAUACUUUCUUCUUCAUUCUGUCUUAUGUUUCUUAACUCGACCUUUCAGCUUAUAAUUAAACAUGUUCCCUUAAGUACAAAAUCAGACGUGAAAAUGUUCGUGUCAAAUUAAUGGGUUUUGUUUGGCCCAUAAAUUCAGCAUCCGCUUAGAAGAAAAAAAAAGUGUAGAAUUUUAGUAUCUAGAUUCGAUUCCAAUUUGAUUCACAUUAAUAUUAUUCCUUUCGGCCAAAA